GUGGGUUUUCCAGUGAAACAGCCACCUAUGACGCAGCUGGGGCUAUUGGCUGAGACGACCGGAUUUUCCAUCUUUUGGGUCAACCUAUCACGUUGCUCUCACUCACGCGAAAGCUGCUGCAGCGCGCGCAGCGUGCUGUGGUACCUGAUCUUCUGCGGCUGCGUGGUCAACUUCAUGGUGACGACCAACAUCAACAUCGCCAUCGUGGCGAUGGUGCGGCCGCGGCGCAGCAACGCCACGGAGGUGUUGCCCGCCGCCGUACUCGAGUGCGGCGUCGCCGCCUCCGCCUUCUCGGCGCCCAACUCCACGUCCGCCGGCGCGGAGCUGCUGGCGGCCGAGAACGCCACCGACGGCCUCGCAGCGACCACGCAGCUCCCCGACGUCCUCAACGUGUCCGCUGUCGAUGAACAACAGGCGAAACGAGCAAUGGAGCGGCGGUACCCGUGGGACGAGUACCAGCAGGGCCUGGUGCUGGGCGGCUUCUUCUGGCUGCACUGGGCCACGCAGAUCCCGGGCGGCGUGCUGGCGCAGCGCUACGGCACCAAGCUCGUGUACGGCGCCAGCAACGCCGCCAUCAGCGUGCUCUGCUUCGCCAUCCCCGCAGCCGCCGCCGCCGACUACCGACUCGUCGUCGCGCUGCGCGUGCUGCAGGGACUCAUUGCGGGGCUGGUGUGGCCCGCCAUGCACAACAUCAUCGCUGCGUGGAUCCCGCCCGCAGAGCGCAGCACCUUCGUCACAGCAUACACAGGGGGCAGCAUGGGCGUGGCGCUGACGUUCUGCCUGGGCGGCGUGCUGGUGUCGGCGUGGGGCUGGCCGUCGCUGUUCCACGUGACGGGCGCGCUCGGCGUGCUGUGGUUCGCCGCCUGGUGGCUGCUCGUCUACGACACGCCCGCCAAGCACCCCCGCAUCUCGGACCGCGAGCGCCGCCUCAUCGCCGACGCGCUGGGCGCCGCCGUCUCCACCAAGAGGCCGCGGACGCCGUGGGCCAGCAUCGCGAGGUCGUGGCCGCUGUGGCUAACGGUGGUGGUCCACUGGGCCAGCAACAUGGGCAUCUUCACCCUCAUGACGCAGGCGCCCACCUACUUCAAGUACAUCCACGGCUGGGACAUGGGCAUGACGGGCAUGCUGUCGGGGCUGCCGCACAUCCUGCGGACUCUGUUCGGCUACGGUUUCUCGCGCCUCUCGGACUUCCUGCUGAGCUCCGGACGCGCCACGCACACCGUCGUACGCCGCAUCGCCACCUUCGUCUGCUGCCCGGUGAUGGGUGUUCUGACGCUGGGCCUGGCGUUCUGCGGCUGCCAGCCGGUGUGGGCCGCCGUGCUGCUGGCCGCCGCCACAGCCGUCAGCGGCGCCAUCUCCUCGGGGCCGCUCGCCAGCCUCGUCGACCUCAGCCCCAACUUCGCAGGAAUCCUGAUGGGCGUCAGCUGCACCCUUGGCUUCACAGCAGCCUUUAUAUCGCCCCUCAUCGUCAGCGUGCUCACCUACAACAAUCAAACGACAGCACAGUGGCAGCUGGUCUACAUCGUGGUUAGUGUGCUGCUGGCUGCACCAGGUGCUAUCUAUACCUGCUGUGCCACAUCCGAGCUGCAGCCCUGGAACUCCACCACUGCACGUGAACGUGUGCAUACUCAGGUGCCGCCAGCAGAGCUGCAUGCACUUACCAAGCCGGACGAUGACUCCAAGGACGCCGCCGGUGCCUAGCAUCUGCUGUUGACUGCUGCCACUGCUGUUCCUACCACUCCCUCUGAGGGAGCAACAGAUUUGCCUGGUUUGCAUGUGAUCAGCUUGUCAGAUGCACGUGGAUAUCAGUAUUAUCUUGUGCAAGAUGCUGCACUCAUUUUAGGACUGGUGCUUUCAGUGUUUCUCUCCUGAAGCAAGUGCUCACACUGCAUUUCAUCCUGAGACCGGGCUCAUUUUCUUGUAUUGGCAGAGUUCACUUAAGUAUGACAUAUGGAUUUUGCAGUGUUUUAAACAACAGUCUGUCAGUUAGUCUAAUUUUGUUUAGCUUUAAAUACAGACAAUUCAUUAAAAUAAUUUAAUAAUUUUUCAUA